AUGGUACCUGGUCAACCAAGUACCGAUAGACCUGACAUUGUUGCGCCUAUGUUUAAGAUUAAGCUUGAUGAGCUCAUGAAUGACAUAAGGAAAAAACAUCAUUUUGGUCGUACAAAAGCCGAGUUGCCUUCUCAGGAAAAUGACCUAGUUGCUUUCGAAGCUGUUCGUAGUCACAUGAUUCAUGGUCCAUGUGGCCAACUUAACACUUUAAUUCCAUGUAUGCACAAUGGAAGUUGUUCUAAAGGAUACCCUAAGGAAUAUUGUGAUGAAACUUUCAUUAGGCGUGAUGGUUGGCCCUGUUAUAAAAGGUCUAACGAUGGUUCGAAAGUUAAAGUUGGUAAUGAGGAUAUCAUGCUUGAUAACCGAUACGUUGUUCCUCAUAACGUCGAAUUGCUUGUCAAAUAUGGUUGUCAUAUAAAUGUUGAGUAUUGCAACCAAGGUAGUUUGAUUAAGUAUCUUUUUAGUUACAUUAAUAAAGGCCAUGAUCGUGCCACUGCUGUUUUGGAAGGUCCAGACAGAACACGAUAUUUUAUAUCGAUGUUGCACCACGAGAAUGAGAUCGAAGAAUAUAUUAAUUGCCGUUACAUUUGUGUAUCAGACUCAUGUUGGAAAUUGUUGGGCUCUGAGAUGCAGUAUCGCUCGGUUGUAGUAGAAAGACUACCAUUUCACGAAGAAGAUUGUCAAAGAGUUUACUUUAGAGAAGAUGAUGAUAUUGCAGAAGUUCUGGAUAGGAGGGUAUCUGUGGUGUCUAAGUUUACUGAAUGGAUGAGAGCAAAUCAAUUAUAUCCAGAAGUUCGAUUGUUAACUUAUUCAGACUUCCCGACGAAGUUUACAUGGCAUGAAAAAGGGGAUGUUAAGGAAUGGAGGCCAUGUAAAAAUGGUUUGGUUAUUGGUCAGUUAUAUUUUGUAAAUCCAAACGAAGGAGAAAGGUAUUAUCUUCGUAUGCUACUAAAUGUUGUACGUGGACCCUGUAGUUUUAAAGAUAUUCGCACUGUUGAUGGUGUUGAGCAUCCGACAUAUAUGUCUGCUUGCAAAGCGUUAAGGUUAUUAGGAGAUGAUUGUGAAUGGCUUGAGUCAAUCCGAGAGGCUUCCCAAUGGCAGUCAGGAAACCAACUUCGAGAACUAUUUGUAAUUAUUUUGUUAUUUUGUGGUGUUACUGAUCAAGCAAAGUUUUUUUGGGAUUGUUUUCCAUUUUUAUCAGAAGAUGUUGCUUAUAAUCAACGUAGAUUGCUUGAUAAUGAAGAUCUAAUGUUCUCGCAUGAUGAGUUGGUAAACUACACUCUGCUUUAUAUCGAUAAUAUUUUAUAUGGGAAUUGUCAUUCAUUGGUUGAUUUCCCCAAUCUACCUCAGUUAAACCAUAGUUUGUUAACUAUACUUUCGAAUAGGUUAAUUGCUGCUGAGCGGGCAUACAAUGUCGAAGAAGAAAUAAUAAUUUUCAAUGAGCUAUACAGUGGUUUAAAUGUGCAACAUAAAGAAGUUUAUACUCUUAUAAUUAAUGCUGUCACUGAGAAGACAGAAGAUCUAUGGAAUUCAUGUUGUUUUUUUGUUUUGACAACUAACAUGCGUUUGUCUGAUCAAAACAUUACUGGCACUGGACUUAUAAAAAUGUGUGAAUUUAGUAAAUGGAUUCUUGAUAUGGGUGUUGGUCGGCUUCCUACGUGUAUAGUUGAAGGUGAAGACGAUGCUACAUGGAUCACUAUACCUGAUGAUCUUCUUAUUCCUGUUGCUGAUAAUCCUAUUGAUGAUGUUGCAUCCAUUGUAUUCCCUGAUAUUUUGAGUAGAGUUAACGACAUCUCUUACAUAAAGGAACGAUGCAUCAUUUGCCCGAAAAAUGAUGAUGUUGACAUGAUCAAUUUACAUGUGCUUUGUAAGAUGUCUGGUGACAUGCAUGAAAUGUUAAGUGCUGAUGAGAUUUGUCGAAGUACUGAUAAAUUUGCCGAAUUGGAAAUUAUGUAUUCUUUAGAAUUUCUUAACACGUUGCGCUUUACGUGA